AUGGCAUCCCCUCUCAGUAGUGACUAUGCAGGCUACCUGCAGGUUUCAACUGAGCCUUUCCAGAACACAGGUCCCACAUUCUACAUGGAAUUGUAUGGAUCGACGUUGUAUUACUGGACGGAAAAGGGUCAGAAAUCGAGUCACAAGCCAAUCUCCUGCUUCGACAUACAAGACUCAGUAAUUACUGAAGUUCCUGGAAAAAAGCUAGCAUGGUCGGUGCGCGGUCCGUACAUUCACAUUCCUAUGUUUUUUACGGCGAUUGCUGAACGCGAGAAGAAGGAAUGGUUGGAUAGCAUGCGGAACGUCAUACCGGAGCACACGAUACACUUAGAGGUGGAGCGUCCUAUAACCCAAUGCUUUAAGAGCUUGGAGAGGAGCAUGACUAUCUUUUCAGCUGAUCCAAAUGAAAAUGUUACUUUGGAUCAUUUUGAGCGCAUCACCAUUCUGGGUAAGGGUGCGUAUGGAUCGGUUUGUCGUGUUAGGAGAAUUGAUACUGGAGAAGAAUAUGCUAUGAAAAUUAUGAACAAGGAGUUAAUUGAUUUUAAAAACGUGUCGCUUGAGCGGUUUAUUAUGGAGAAGAUGGAUCACCCGUUUGUGGUGAAGCUACGCUACGCGUUUCAAACUGAUAACUAUCUUUAUAUAGUGAUGGAUUUGCUAGGGGGCGGGGAGCUUUUUUACCACCUCUGUAAUUGCGGUACAUUUGAUGAGGAGCAUGCCAAGUUCUACGCAGCAGAGAUCGGCCUUGCGAUAGGAUACCUGCACAGCAACAAUAUCAUCUAUCGUGAUUUGAAACCAGAGAAUGUUGUGCUUGACAAAGACGGUCAUUCCUGUUUGACUGACUUUGGUCUAGCCAAGGCAAAUAUUAGCGCUAAUGCAACGACUAACACUUACUGCGGCACUGCGGAAUAUCAGGCACCUGAGAUUCUUUUAGGUGAAGAGCAUGGGCAUGCGGUGGAUUGGUGGUCAUUGGGUAUUAUGUUGUACGAGAUGCUUUAUGGCCUCCCUCCUUUCUACAACGAAAACGAAAAUAUCAUGCACGAGAACAUCCUCACGCAAGAACUUAGUUUCGACUGCUUCAACAUCUCCAUAAGCCCUGAGGCGGAAGAUUUGCUGACUAGAUUAUUAGACCGCGACCCGGCUAAGCGGCUGCAAGACCUGGAGGAGUUUAAACGACAUCCCUUUUUCAAAAAUAUCGAUUUUGCGUUGCUCUACAAGCGAAGCAUUCCGGCACCCUUUAUACCUGACCCUAAUACAGAAAACAACUUUGAUUCGAUCUUCACGGCUCAGCCGCUUGUCAUGGAGGAUGAUACCAUGGUACGUAGUACGCCGAAUCAUGUUGAUGGCUUUACGUACAAUUUCGGACGGAAAGUAAAUUUUGAACGUGAUUUGAGUAGCACGCCGGCUGCUAAGGACCAAACCCCCCCGUCGCAUCCCUCUCGAAAGGCCUCCUCCAUAACAUCCUCCUCAAGUCCCGCCUCCAUGAGAUCAAACGACGUGAAAAAUUCGGCGCGCAAGGUCCACUCCCCUAUUAGCAAUGGCGCAUCGUCGCCGUCAUCAGGUUCACCGAUAACGAUGCGUACUGCGAGGACUUCAUUACGCGGUAAAGACAAGAACGCCACCUCGCCCAACCAUCACACGCCAACAUUAUUAAUCAAACGAUGUGGUAAUCCUAACUCAGAUUCCACAAACACAUCGCAUGUUGGGCCGAAGCGAAAAUCUAAAGUAGAGACCUCUUCUUUACCGUUCAACAAUACCAAAUGUAAGAAGUGA